AUUCAACCGUCGAUGACGAGCUACGGCAGCAUCGCCCUCAACGCGCCGGACGCCGUCGACACCACGCGCAGCCAGCGCCAGCGGCUCGCGGUCGCCGCCACCGGCCUCGUCGCGCUCACAGCUGCGGGCGCGCUGGUCGCAUGGAGCCUCGCGCCGACGCCAGCGGCCUGGGACGUCGUCGUCGUUGGUGGCGGGCCCGCCGGCCUCGUCGCCGCCGAGUACUUGUCACGCGACCCUAGCAUCUCAGUGCUGCUCCUUGAAGCCGGCGGUCCCAGCCUCCAGUGCACAGGGGGUACCAUGGUGCCCGAGUACGCUGCUUCGACGGGCUGGACGCUCUUUGACAUCCCCGGCGAGUACGCGCAUGUAGCGUUCGGCUUGCCAAAGUCGGUGACCGACGUCUGGCGCAUCGACGAGCUGUCCUCGCCGCAGAACCACCUAGCCAAGAUCCUUGGCGGCUCGUCGUCCAUCAACGCAGCGUUGUACUUUCGCACACCCGACAACUACGUCGACGAGAUCGACUGGCCCGUGUCGGCGACGACCGUCCGCAACGGCUUUGCAGCGAUCGAGCGCUUCUUUGGAUGGACAGACACGCCGUCAAUGGACGGACGCCGGUACGCCCAAGGCGUCUACAACACGCUCGCGUCGGCCUUGCAGCUGGCCAACUAUUCGGAGCACGAUCUGAACCAUGACACGAAUGCAAAGCACCGCGUCUUUGGACAUCCUCCCUUUACGGUCAAGGACGGACUGCGGGACUCGCCCGCCAAGACCUUUCUCGGAGCGAUGGCCCACCGACCAAACUUUGCGCUGCGACUUGGCGCACGCGUCGAGCAAAUCGUGCAUGCCAACGGCAAGGCCACCCACGUGCUCUACAAGGAAGACGCUGCCAAUGCGGCAUCCGUGAUGCAUGAAGCCAUCCUCAGUGCUCGCGGCGCCGUCCUCGUGGCCACGGGCGCGCUCUUGUCGCCGCGUUUGCUCCUGCAAUCGGGCAUCGGCCCCCUCAGCCAACGCGACCUCGUCACGAAGCGUCCGCUGCCGUCGCCGCUUCGAGCGGACGCGUGGCUGCAGAACGAGAACGUGGGCGCCCACAUCUUUGACGCGCACCAAGUGGCUCUGACGUUCCGCACAGCCAACGUCUCGAAUAGCUCGGGCUUUGGCUUUGACUACAUGCGCCCGUCGCCCUCCGUUUUGGACCAGUUUGUAAAGACGCGGUCGGGCCCCAUGGCGAGCGCCAACCCUGUGCUCAUUGCGUACGAGACGGUCGCCGAUGCCUUCUCGGGCCACAGCUUCCAGUUUCAGCUCUCGGUCUUCCCGCACGUUAUGCCCAACCUGGAGUUAUCGCCGCCCGCGAACGACCAGGAAAUGGACUGGACCAUUUGCUUUACGCUCAACAACCCGCUCUCGCGGGACCGCGCGGGGUUCUUUCCCAACGGAAGUUACUCGGGAGCGAUGGCGGGGCACCUCUACUGGUCGCACCCGGCCGACGCGCGCAUGAUGGCAACGUUCAUCCAGAGCACCAUCGACCAGAUUGCGGCAUACUCCAAGCAGGCGACCGUCCCCGUCUUUCCAGCGCCUUCGGCGCUGCAGUGGGCGACGUGGGCGACCAAUCGAACGUCGUGGAUUGUGCAGCACACGCUUAUCACAGAUCACUUUGGCGGCGCUUGCAUCGUUGCGUCCAACCGCAGCAACGACCGGUGUGCGGACGAGACCUUCCGCGUGCUCGGCACAUCCAACGUGUUUGUGGGCGACGGCAGCGUCGUCAAGAGCGGCAACGUCAACCCGUAUGGCUUUGUCAUGUACACGGGGUACGAGGCCGCCACGCACGUCGACGCUUAUCUGCGCGCGUGACCAACUAGACUUUGCAUUUGAAAUAUAAAUUUACGUGUAUAUACCAACGAUUUAGAUUGUUC